AUGGUUAAGGGUUCUACUACUGCUGGAGUUGAAGAUGCUACCCAACUCGAUGGUUUAGGUGUUGUGGAUGCGACGUCGGAAGCUAUGCUUGGGAUGGAUUUUUGA